CCCGCCAUUUGUGCUCGUUAUAGUGAGCUUAUCGAUCACCUGGAUUCAAUAUGGGUCACUUAAUUACGGUUGCGACUUGUGCCCUAAAUCAAUGGGCACUCGACUUUGAAGGAAAUACGGAACGCAUCAUUCAGAGCAUCCAGAAAGCCAAAGCAGCUGGCGCGACGUUACGUGUAGGACCGGAGCUUGAGAUUACUGGAUAUGGCUGCCUCGACCAUUUCCUUGAAGGAGACACGUUCCUGCACUCAUGGGAGAUGCUUGCCAAGAUUAUCGACCAUGAAGACUGUCAGGAUAUUCUUCUCGAUAUCGGUAUGCCUGUAAGGCAUAAGAAUGUCCGCUACAACUGCCGAGUCAUUGUUUAUAACCGCAAAAUCCUUCUGAUCCGCCCCAAGAUGUGGCUGGCAAAUGAUGGAAACUACCGAGAAAUGCGCUACUUUACUCCAUGGCUUAAACCACAACAGGUUGAGGAGUAUUAUCUGGAAACAAUUGUUGGAAAGAUUACGGGACAGGAAAAGGUACCUUUCGGUGAUGCGCUGAUCAGCACAAAGGACACUUGCGUGGGAGCAGAAACAUGCGAAGAGCUCUUCACCCCGGUUGCACCGCAUGGACCGAUGGGAUUAGACGGAGUCGAAAUAUUUACCAACUCGAGCGGGAGUCACCACGAGCUACGCAAGCUGGACACAAGAAUGGAGCUGAUACUGGAAGCAACAAAGAAAUGUGGUGGCAUAUAUCUUUAUGCCAAUCAGCAGGGCUGUGAUGGAGACCGGUUAUACUACGAUGGCUCUGCUUCCAUUAUUAUCAAUGGUCAGGUAGUUGCGCAGGGCACACAAUUCUCCCUCACCGACGUGGAGGUGGUCACUGCCACGGUUGACCUCGAAGACGUGCGGAGGUUCCGGUGUACUCCGAGUCGGGGACUGCAGGCGCAACAAGCACCAAAAUAUACACGGCUUGAGGUCAACGUGCGACUGUCGAAGAGGGAAGAGGAUGUCGAUCCACUGAUUGGCCCAUCGGAGGAGAUCAAAAUCAGAUAUCACAAACCGGAAGAGGAGAUUGCGCUUGGACCGGCUUGUUGGUUAUGGGACUACCUGCGUCGGUCGGGCGCAGCUGGCUUCUUCAUCCCUCUAAGCGGUGGCAUCGACAGUUGUGCCACUGCAACUAUCAUUUACUCAAUGUGUCGUCUUGUCGUGCAGGCAAUCCAAGACGGGAAUGAACAGGUCAUCAAGGACGCCCGACGCAUUGUCGGCGAACCCGAUGACUCACAGUGGGAGCCUGCUGAUGCCAAAGAGCUCUGUGGCCGGCUCUUCCACACCUGCUUCAUGGGAACAACCAACUCCAGCAAAGAGACCCGUAAGCGCGCCAAGGAGCUCGCUCAUGAUAUCGGCGCCUAUCACGUCGACCUCAACAUUGACUCAAUGACCUCGGCCGUGCUGAGUGUCUUCUCGACAUGGGCCAAAUGGACCCCACGUUUCCGAUCCCAAGGCGGAGGAUGGGCAGAAAACCUCGCGCUACAAAACAUCCAGGCCCGCUCACGCAUGGUUCUAGCUUACCUCUUUGCCCAGCUUCUCCCCACUUUCCGCCAGCGCCGCAACGGUGGCGGCCUGCUUGUCCUGGGCUCUGCCAACGUGGACGAAUCCCUACGAGGCUACCUGACCAAAUACGACUGCUCUUCAGCCGAUGUCAACCCCAUCGGCGGAAUCUCAAAGACCGAUCUCAAGGGAUUCAUCGCCUAUGCCCAGCAUGAAUUCAAUCUCCCUAUUCUAGAAGAAUUCUUAACCGCAACCCCAACUGCCGAGCUCGAGCCCAUCACCGAGACAUACGUCCAAAGCGACGAAGCCGACAUGGGCAUGACGUAUGCCGAGCUCAGCGUCUUUGGCCGGCUGCGCAAGGUGCACAAGCUGGGCCCCUGGGGCAUGUACACCAGGCUUUUACAUCUCUGGUCAGACCACUACAGCCCGCGCGAAAUUUAUGAAAAGACUCGCCGCUUCUUCCACUACUACGCCAUCAAUCGCCACAAGAUGACCGUCCUCACCCCGAGCUACCACGCCGAGCAGUACAGUCCAGAUGAUAACCGUUAUGACCUGCGCCCGUUCCUCUACCCGACCUUUUCAUGGGCUUAUAAGAAGAUGGAGGCCAGCGCUGUAGCGCUCGAGAAACGCAUAAGUAGUGCUCGCGGAGGCGGCGCGUCGUCUGCAGAGCAGUAGGUUAUAGAGCACUGAAUAUUAGCAACAUUUUGUAUAUACCCUUCACAUAAACGAUAAUCUGGUAGAAUAUCAUUAUCUCAUAGUCGUCUUUUACUUUCCAAAACGUCUAAUCAAGCGA